GUCGGGCAAGGUCAAGGUGUUAUACGGAUCAUGGAAUUUGGGAGUGCGAUGUCGGGUGGCUAUCGGCGCGAUUUGGCGUAUUGGCAAGGAAUCGCAAAAGAUUUCUUACUUCCCGAUGCCAAAGAUGUUAUGUCCUUGACCAUGUGGAAAGACACAGAAUCGACGAGCUUCGUCGUUACGGAGUCCACGUUCCCUCGCUUCUUCAUGUCCUAUUUCAACUCGGGCUUGUUGCGAGUGGCUUUGAAUCUUGGGGGGGUUCGCGAAACUAGUCAAAGCGCUUACGAGGGUAAAGUGAACUCGGAGGAGACUUCAUGGGUCUUCACUUUCACCACUGGUUACGUGGUGACACUCCGUGGGCCUCUCUUUGUGGAUCUUGUCGCUCGCCCUACCGACGAUAGCGAAAAAUAUUCGCUCCGAUUUCGUCGCAUUAAGUUUAACACUUCGCAGGUGGACAAGCAUCUGGAUAUCAAACAGAUCCUCGGUGCUCGGCGGGAUGGGGAUCCAUUCUCGCCUCGAUUCCAACAUCAUUCAUAUCUAACAAAUGGCAGUCUGGAAGGUGGUAGCUCAAAUGUUUCUGUAUCAUCGACCCCAGGAGAGGAGGUUCGCGAUGAUGAUCCGUCCCAGACAAAACUUCCUGGCGACAAGUGGAUCCUACUGGAGAAAUGCUGGAUUCCUCCCGAUCCUGUCAAUUCGUAUGGUUUCACAAAGGUUACCGAGCGAACUUUGGAUGUAAGGUUGACCUCUGAUCCCUUAAACGGAAACGAUCGCUAA